AACCAAAACCAUUGGCGCGCAACCAUUGUUUAGUUUCCUCUCUCUCUGUCUUCUCUCUCUCUCUCACAAAACCAAUAAACCUUUCAUUCUUUCUCCUUCUCAAUUCUCAUCACCCCCCACAGUUUUCCCUUCAAAACAACAAACAAUAAAUCAAAAUGCCAAACACAUUUCACAUCAUACCAAAACCUCUCAAUGGCCACCACCGUCAUCCACCACCAAAAACACACAUCCUCCAACACCAAAACAAUCAUCAUCUUCCUCUUCCUUUCAACGUUAAUCGGCAUCGCUUUCGUCGCCUACAACAUCUUCCAUUCUUCAUUCUCUUCUGCUCCCAUAUCAAUCACUACUAAUCUCCUCGUCGUCGAUAACCCUAAUUCUACCACCACUCAUCAAGAAAAUGUUGAAAAUAAUAAUGUGAAGGAGAAGAUUAAUUCUGAGAGGGUUCUUUCAGCUACGUUUGCGGAUUUACCUGCUCCUCAAUUCAAUUGGGAACAAAUGCCAACUGCUCCUGUGCCUCGUUUGGAUGGUUAUUCUAUUCAGAUUCAUAAUUUGUUUUAUGUCUUUUGUGGUUACGCCAAUCUUAAUCAUGUGCACUCUCAUGUUGAUGUGUAUGAUUUCAAGAGCAAUAAGUGGAUAGAGAAGUUUGAUACACCAAAAGAAAUGGCAAAUUCACAUUUGGGAAUUGCAACUGAUGGGAGGUACAUAUAUAUAAUCUCCGGACAGAAAGGUACACAAUGCAGAGGACCUACCGCCAGUGCGUUUGUGUUAGACACCAAAACAAAGAAAUGGAGUGAUUUGCCUCCAUUGCCAUUCCCCAGGUAUGCUCCUGCAACUCAAUUGUUGAGGGGAAGGCUCCAUGUCAUGGGUGGUAGCAAGGAGAAUCGUCAUACACCUGGGUUAGAUCAUUGGAGUCUGGCAGUGAAGGAUGGGAAAGCUUUGGAGAAACAAUGGCGAACCGAAAUUCCUAUUCCACGUGGUGGACCGCAUCGGGCUUGCAUUGUGGUCAAUGAUCGUCUUUAUGUUAUCGGUGGACAAGAGGGUGAUUUCAUGCCCAAACCAGGUUCACCUAUAUUCAAGUGUUCACGCAGACUUGAGGUAGUCUAUGGAGAUGUUUAUAUGCUGGAUGAAGAAAUGAAAUGGAAAGUUUUGCCACCUAUGCCAAAACCAAAUUCCCAUAUAGAGUGUGCAUGGGUAAUUGUCAACAAUUCAAUUAUUAUAACUGGAGGUACAACAGAAAAGCACCCUCUGACGAAAAGGAUGAUGCUGGUUGGAGAAGUCUUCCAAUUUAAUUUAGACUCUAUGAAAUGGUCAGUGAUUGGAAAGCUUCCUUAUAGAAUUAAAACAACAUUAGCUGGAUAUUGGGAUGGAUGGCUAUACUUUACAUCCGGGCAGAGGGACAGAGGACCAGAUAAUCCACAACCUAGAAAGGUCGUUGGGGAAACGUGGAGAACAAAAUUAAGUUUGCCAUAAACAGUUUGGGAUCAGCAAGGUGCGUCAUAUCAAAUUUUCUCCAAAUUUUUUUGGGUCGCCAUUCAAAUUAUUUGUUUUCUUUUCUAUUGUUCAGUACCUUGGUUGGGCAACUGUGUACAGAGUAUAGAUAUAAUUUAAUAUACAUUUGAAUUUGGAAACAAUAUUACUAUGAUGAGUGCAUUACUAUGUAUAUAUCUUAUUAACAAA